AUUGCAGUUUUCUAGAAACACCGGACCCCAGGAGCAGAGGCUUGGGUGCCGCCUGUUCUCCCGCCUUCAUUUCCCAUCGUGCUGAGGCGGGUGGCAUGGCGGAGAAGGAUGACACCGGAGUUUGACGAAGAGGUGGUGUUUGAGAAUUCUCCACUUUACCAGUACUUACAGGAUCUGGGACACACAGACUUUGAAAUAUGUUCUUCUCUGUCACCAAAGCCAGAAAAAUGCACAGUGACAGAGGGACAACAAAAGCCUCCUACAAGAGCCCUGCCAAAACGAGGCAUCCUGUUAAAAGUGGCUGAAACCAUCCAAAGUUGGAUUUUUUCUCAGUGCAAUAGGAAUGAUGACUUACUUCGCAAGUUGAAUAUCAUCUCUAUCCAGGUGGAGCCAUCCUCAUUCUUCAGUGAUGCUAGGACUGUGGAUAUUGGAUUCCGACUCGACUCGCUACAUACCAUCCUGCAACAGGAAGUCCUGUUACAAGAGGAUGUGGAGCUGAUUGAGCUACUUGAUCCCAGUAUCCUGUCUGCAGGGCAACCUCAACAACAGGAAAAUGGACACCUUCCAACACUUUGCUCCCUGGCAACCCCUAAUAUUUGGGAUGUCUCAGUGCUAUUUGCCUUCAUUAGUUUGCUCAUUAUGCUUCCCACUUGGUGGAUUGUAUCUUCCUGGCUGCUAUGGGGAGUGAUUCUGUUUGUUUAUCUGAUCAUAAAAGUUUUGAGAUUAUGGAGGACAGCCAAACUACAAGUAACCCUAAAAAAAUACAAUGUUCUUUUGGAAGAUACAGCAACAAAUAGCCGAGCUUUUACUAACCUUGUGAGAAAAGCUUUACGUCUCAUUCAAGAAACUGAAGUCAUUUCCAGAGGAUUUACACUUUUGCUUGACAGGGUCAGUGCUGCUUGCCCAUUUAAUAAAGCUGGACAGCAUCCCAGUCAGCAUCUCAUCGGUCUGCGGAAAGCUGUCUACAGAACAGUAAGAGCCAACUUUCAAGCAGCAAGGCUAGCUACCCUAUAUAUGCUGAAAAACUACCCCCUGAACUCUGAGAGUGACAAUGUAACCAACUACAUCUGUGUGGUGCCUUUUAAGGAGCUGGGCCUUGGACUUAGUGAAGAGCAGAUUUCAGAAGAGGAAGCGCAUAACCUUACAGAUGGCUUCAGCCUGCCUGCGUUGAAGGUUUUGUUCCAACUCUGGGUGGCACAGAGUUCAGAGUUCUUCAGACGGUUAGCCCUGUUACUUUCUACAGCUAAUUCACCUCCUGGGCCGUUCCUUACUCCAGCACUUUUGCCUCAUCAUAUUUUAUCCGAUGUGACUCAAGGUCUCCCUCGUGCCCAUUCUGCCUGCUUGGAGGAGCUUAAGCGCAGCUAUGAGUUCUAUCGGUACUUUGAAACUCAGCACCAGUCAGUGCCCCAGCGUCUAUCCAAAACUCAACAGAAGUCGAGAGAACUGAGCAACAUUCACACAGCAGUGCGCAGCUUACAGCUCCAUCUGAAAGCAUUGCUGAAUGAGGUAAUAAUUCUUGAAGAUGAACUUGAAAAGCUUGUUUGUACUAAAGAAACACAAGAACUAGUGUCAGAAGCUUAUCAAAUCCUAGAACAGAAAUUAAAGUUGAUUCAGCCCCAUGUUCAAGCGAGCAACAACUGCUGGGAAGAGGCCAUUUCUCAAGUGGACAAACUGCUACGAAGGAACACCGAUAAGAAAGCCAAGCCUGAAACAGCAUGUGAAAACCCACACUGUACUGUAGUACCGUUGAUGCAGCCUGCUCUACACAUCGCAGACAAAGAUCCCAUCCCCGAGGAGCAGGAAUUAGAAGCUUAUGUUGAUGAUAUAGAUAUGGACAGUGAUUUCAGAAAGGAUGAUUUUUAUUACUUGUCUCAAGAAGACAGAGAGAGACAGAAGCGUGAGCAUGAAGAAUCCAAGAGGGUACUCCAAGAAUUAAAAUCUGUGCUGGGAUUUAAAGCAUCCGAGGCAGAAAGGCAGAAGUGGAAGCAACUUCUGUUUAGUGAUCACGCUGUGUUGAAAUCCUUGUCUCCUGUAGACCCAGUGGAACCCAUAAGUAAUUCAGAACCAUCAGUGGAUUCAGAUAUGGGGGAAGUUGGUAAAAAUGAUACUGAAGAGGAAAAUAGUAAACUUUCCACAACUGACAAUGAAAUAAGUAGUAGGACUGAGUAUUUAUGUGAAAACCCUCUAGAUGGUAACAAUAAAGACAGUUCUGCAAAUGAAGUCUUCUUCCAAAGAGCUGAAGAAAGAGUGUGUUACCAAUGUGACAGUGAAGAUGAAUCUCAGCAGGCAGACGUAGGUGGCCUGGCCACUGCCCGUCCAACUCCCAGGGAUUCGUCACAGCCCUCCAUUAGGCAGAGGCUGGCACAGCUACAUCUGUCACCGGAUUUUACCUUCACUGCUGGCCUCGCUGCAGAAGUGGCUGCUAGAUCUCUCUCCUUCACCACCAUGCAGGAACAGACUUUUGGUGAUGAGGAGGAAGAACAAAUAAUACAAGAAAAUAAAAAUGAGGUAGAAGAAAAGUAAGACCCAAGAUUGACACGAAGGAUUUGAAAUUGUUCCUUUUUUAAGAAAGUGUUUUAGCUUCAAGACUAGAUAUUCCACUGGAAAGGGAAAAUGAGUGUAACUUUACUACAUAUAAAGCUAAGAUGUGAAUUUACAGGAAGAACCUUGUUUUGAACAACUGAUCUGAAAGUAGUUACCUGUAAAUGGCAGAUCCUAUAGAAAAUAAGAGGAAGGUAAGGGCUCUUUUGCAUAAACUGCUGUUUUGUUUGCAGCACAACUGAUUGAUCUUGGAAAUUCUUUAAGUACUUUUAAUAACAAAUGAAUUUAUCAUUUCUUGCCAGAAUUUGCUGCCAUGAAAUGACUGGGAUAAUUCUGUUGCAAGAACAUUAAACAUUUAGUAUGACUCCUUUUUACUGUAUUCUUGCAGUUAAUAACUGCAGCUAUUAUGUUAAUAACAAGUUGUUUGUAUUUUAUUUUUGUUUAUACCAGUCUUAAAACAAAGAUGCAGGUUCUGAAUAAAAAAUAAUUGAAUCCAUGCAAUUGAUGUGUACUGGGAUUUGGGACUAAAACGUAGUUUUAUAGGUACUUGGGGUAUGAUGUAUUUCUUAUGUUUCCUUGUUCAUAUGUGUAUUCACUAUUUAAUUCAAAGAUUUCCUAAUGAUCUUUUUAAGAAAAACAUUGUAUCAUUUUGAGAAUUACCUUUUCAAUUUUUUGUGUGUUUAUGUUUUUCUAUUCUUGUUCCAACCCUAGAGAUAAUGUCAAUGUGGGAUCCCUAAGGAUCCAAGGCCUCAGCCCCAACUUUGCAAAAAGUUCUUUUUAUCAAUUUGCCUAGAGAUAAUGGGUGCCAUUAUCACAAGCAAGUCAAGAUGCUACUGGCUUCUAGCCUGAGGCUGUACGGUCUCCACCCUAAUAAAAUUCUGGAAACAUCC